CUGAGGUUUUUACUUGUCCCAAAGAGAUCUUUUGGUUUUGGAUUCCUUGAAGAGCAAAACUCUGUUUUCAUGGCUGUUUACAAUACCAAACUCUGUUUGGCCUCUGUUUUCUUGCUCUUAGGGCUCGUCUUGGCUUUUGACUUGCAGGGCAUAGCAGCUGAAAAUCUCACCAAACAGAAACUGAACUCGAAGAUACUUCAGGAUGAGAUUGUGAAGAAAGUCAACCAGAACCCAAACGCUGGAUGGAAAGCUGCUAUAAAUGAUCGCUUUUCAAACGCCACUGUUGCAGAGUUUAAACGUCUUCUUGGUGUUAAGCCAACACCAAAGAAGCAUUUCUUAGGUGUUCCUAUUGUAAGCCAUGAUCCGUCUUUGAAGCUACCUAAAGACUUUGAUGCUAGAGCCAAUUGGCCUCAAUGCACCAGUAUUGGAAAGAUCUUAGAUCAGGGACAUUGUGGUUCUUGCUGGGCAUUUGGUGCUGUUGAAUCACUAUCUGAUAGAUUCUGUAUCCAAUUUGGCAUGAACAUUACUUUAUCAGUAAAUGAUCUCUUAGCUUGUUGUGGAUUCCGUUGUGGUGAUGGUUGUGAUGGUGGCUACCCAGUUGCUGCUUGGCAAUACUUUUCGUAUAGCGGUGUUGUCACUGAAGAGUGUGAUCCAUACUUUGAUAAUACUGGAUGCUCUCACCCGGGUUGUGAACCAGCAUAUCCUACACCGAAAUGUUCGAGGAAAUGCGUUGGCGAUAACAAACUAUGGAGCGAAUCGAAGCACUACAGUGUUAGUACAUACACUGUUGAAUCUAAUCCACAAGACAUCAUGGCAGAGGUUUACAAGAAUGGACCUGUUGAAGUCUCUUUUACCGUUUAUGAGGAUUUUGCUCAUUACAAAUCUGGAGUGUAUAAGCACAUAACAGGUGCUAACAUUGGAGGCCAUGCUGUUAAACUUAUUGGUUGGGGAACUACCAAAGAAGGCGAAGAUUACUGGUUGUUGGCAAAUCAAUGGAACAGAGGCUGGGGUGAUGAUGGUUAUUUCAUGAUAAGGAGGGGAACUAAUGAAUGUGGGAUUGAAGAUGAACCAGUGGCUGGCUUGCCUUCAAGCAAGAAUGUGUUUAAGGUUGAUGCCGGUUCGAAUGAUCUUCCGGUUGCGUCGGUUUAAUAUCCAAAGAUGGAAAUGUGGCGUCGGUUUAAUAGCAAAGAUGAAAGGUUGUGUGUAAGGUAUAUGUUGUGGUGGUUGUUGGUUCUGGUAAAAGAUUCCGGUGACCGGAAACUGUUUCCUGGUUGGCUGUGAAAAUGUUUAUAGAAAUAAAUACUUCAACACACGCAAUAUAUAUAAAUAUGGUUUUUUUUUACUUAUAACUUCGUUGCAUA